AUGGCAGCAGGCGAGCGAAGUAGUGGUGUGCAAGGUGAUUUGGAGAGGGAAUUGACGUGUUCGAUCUGUACCGAUCUCCUCUACCAGCCGCUCACGCUCCUCGACUGCCUCCAUACCUUCUGUGGUGCUUGUUUGAAGGAAUGGUUUGCCUUCCAAGCAUCUGCAGCGACUUCGAUUCACCCGUACACAUGUCCGUCAUGUCGCGCCUCGGUGCGCUCCACCCAGCCCAAUGCAACCGUCACUACACUACUUGACAUAUUCCUGAAGGCAAACCCAGGAAGAGGCAAGAACGACGAAGAGAAGAAGGCAGACAAAGAGAAAUACAAGCCUGGCGACAACGUGCUGCCGAAGCUGCGGCGACGAGGAGGUCCAGAAGAUGAGGGCGACCGCAGGAUGCUCGAAGAAGUACAACAGCUUAGCUUGAGGGAGGCAGGCAUACCCAGCGGCAGCAGCAACAAUCUAGAGCCACCGAGCGACAGGAGAAGGCAUGGGCGAAGCCGUGAGGGCAGCAGAGAGUCGCGAAGGAGUCGAGAAGACAGACGUUCCGAGACAAGCCGACACACUUCGCCUGCGAGGGUGGCCACACCAGCCAGGACCAUCGAACAUCAGGCGAGCUUACGGUCGCUGCUGAGCGCAUCAGACUUGGGCGCGGAUGAAGUUGACGAAGACCUUGUGCGUCACGUGCUGGAGGAGCUGCUGGCCGAAGGCGUCGAUCUCAAUGACAUUGGCACCACGCAAGAGGAGGAGAUCACUGAGAGGAUUGCCGAGGCUGUGCGCAGACGACAAGCUGAGCGGCAGUCAGAGCGGCAGCGAGAAAGGCGAGACCGACGAGAAAGGUUGGCAAGGGAAGGCCUAAUAAGUUCAUCUCAGACAUCUUUGCCCCAGCCACUGCGCAGUACCCCUCUGCAAGAUGACUCUUCACGGCGGCGUGGUCAUGGGCGCUCUGAGAGCAGAACUUCAACCCCACAGAAUGGCACGAGGCACGGACCACCAAUCUCACGACCUGCUCUCAUCGAUGCAGCGAACGAUGGAGGCCGACAUCACAGACGCUCCUCGAGCCAGGGCAGCUCUAGGUCGGCAAGACGAGCGGAUCGGCCACCGCCACUGGCCGAAUCAUCUGCUAGACAGAGCAGUAGUGGGCAGGAGAGACCCUCCACUUCGGAUCACGCGCCAGCAGCGAGACGAAGGCAAUCUGACGUUCAACAAACCAGCACGAUCGAUGCACGACAGCAGUUUCGCCGCAGUAUUUACGAAAGUAUGGCUGCCGGCAGUCCCGUCUCGCCGCUGGCAUCCGGCUUUAAUGUGCCGACCAGUGACAGUCCCACCAGCACGUUGGCAACGUUCACAUCACCGCUGCACCCCUCGCCUUCCUCAACCCCCGCUGAGCCGCCCUUACGAGCCCCGUCGCUUCGCCGAAUAACUGACCCAGCCAGACCUCCACGUCUCUCAAACACUCCGCCACUGGUGAUACCGCCUUCGUUCCUGCGCUCGACCACCGAUCCAAGCGCAAACGAAGCUCGUUCGCGGCAAGCAUCUGGUUCGGCAUCUUCAGCACCCAUUCUCUACGCUGAGCCGCAUGUGUCUUGCAACUCGUGUGGCAAAGAUCACAUAGAGUAUGAAUUGCACUACAACUGUCAACGGUGCGAUGGCGGCGGCUACAACUUGUGCCUGCGCUGCUUUCGCUUCGGCAAAGGAUGCAGGCAUUGGUUCGGAUUCGGCUGGGCUUCAUGGCUACGAUAUGAACGACAAGCUCCCCAUGGUGGCCAUCCGCCAGGCAGCGAACACCCUCACGUCCUGAAAGGGCACCGAUAUCGAAGGCCACUCGCUCAGCUCGUUGAGUCAUCAGCGCCUCCGCAUGUCCUCAUGAGCGAGCAUAAUCCUGAUCACCGGAAAGAAGUCGGUGUCUUCUGCGACAUCUGUAAGGCUUUCGCAAACGCUUGCUACUGGAAGUGCGACUAUUGCAAUGAGGGGGAAUGGGGCUAUUGCAAUGACUGCGUCAAUCAAGGUCGCCACUGCACGCAUCCACUCCUUCCUGUCGCGCACAAGUCUGAGACAGACGACACAGACAGCCCGGAGGUGUCAGCACCUUCAACACCCCACCAGACCGGCGACACCCUUGCGCCGCCUGAUCACGAUUACGAAGCCACUACCCCUCCUCUAACGCCGAAGACUGCAUCCUUGAUGCGAGGUCCCAUCCUCUUCACGAUAGCGAACCUUACUUUCCGUCCACUUACUUUUACGACUUUAUGCAACGUGUGCAGAUACCCCAUCCCACCUUCGAACACUCGCUACCACUGCCUCAAAUGCAACGCCGGCGAUUACGACGUCUGCAUGGCCUGCUACCACAAACUCGUCGUAUCGAACCGCAUCAGCAAAGAGAACGGCGUUAACGGCUGGCGGAGAUGUAUUCGCGGGCACCGCAUGGUCGUCGUCGGUUUCCAAGACCGCGACGGCGGGCAGUUGCGCAUCGUUGUCAAGGAUCUCGUCGGAGGCUGGGCGUUCAAGGAAGACGACGAAGCACGCUCACCGACUUCGAGAGCGCCGCGAAGAUUACCGCCUGAUGGCGGCACGGGGCUCAGACUGCAGGCACGAUGGGGGUACUGGCCUGAGGAGGGGGUCAGAGACGAGCUGGCCUUCCCCAAGAUCGCAGAGAUUAGAGAGGCCGCGGACGUAAACGGCGAAUGGUACUGGGGCGUUUAUUGUGGGACAGCAGCGUUGUUCCCCGCCAGUCAUGUUUCGAGGUUGUAA